AUGUCGGCCGGGAUGGCGAUGGUCCCUUAUCCGCAGGGCGAGGGACACGGCGCCAGCUCCGCUGGUGUUGCCGCGGCCUCUACUCAAGCGACGGCGACAGGCGGCUCCACCACUACGACAGUGUCGCCGGCUGUCUCGCCAGCCCUCUCGAACGUAAACAACGCGACGGCGAUGGCGGCAGCUUCGGCGUGGCUGGCGAAGCAGCAGCAGGCGGCGACGGUCGCUGCCACGGCGGCGGGAGGGGUCGGGGGGGUUGGCUCUGCCGUGCCGUCGGUUAACAUCGCCGACAACGCUACAGCGGUCGCGGCGGCUUCUUCCUGGCUGGCGAAACAGGCGGCGGCGGCCAUCGCGGCGGCGACCGGGGCGGCCGCGCUUGCCGUCCCCCCGACGCCAUCUGCACCAUCACCGCCGCUACCGCUAUCAUCACCCUUGACAUCAACGACACCCGUGUCGAGCCCAAGCGACGGGACGCUACGCCAGGCCGUCGGUGAGACACCCCCCCCCUCGGCAGCGGCAGGCGUAGUGAGACCGGGGCCCACCACAUCCAAAGCCGCCGCCGCCGCCGCCGCCGCUGCGAGUAAGGUGUCGGCCCCCGGAACGACAAGCGCGACAACUUCCUUGUCGUCGUCGGCGCCGGUGGCCCCGCCGCCCACACCGAUCAAGGGCAACCACUUCGCCCAGCCGCCGAUCCUCUGGCCGGUGCUUGCGGCGGCGGGAGGGGGGGCACUCGCGUUGCCGGCAGGGUCUUCCCCCCCGGCCGCUGCCCCGGGUGCCUCCGCCGCCGCCGCCACCGCCGCCCCCGGCGUGCUCCCCGCCGGUGCCGGCGGCGGGGUGGCUGGUCCGAGUUACCUGCAGGCGCAGCCGUACGCUGGUGCUGCUUCCGCCGCUGCUGCUCCGCCCGGAACACCGUCUCACCACGGACACCCUUCGCAGCGGGGGGCGGGGGGGGAGAUGCUGCGAUGGCAGCGGCGGCGGCGGCGGCGACGGCGGCGGCUGCCGCAGCGGCGCGUCGCGGCCGGAGGGAAGGGCAAAACCGGACGAUCUGAGGAGGCCUCUCGCUCUGCAGCUUGUGGGGGGGGAGAUGCUGCGAUGGCAGCGGCGGCGGCGGCGGCGGCGGCGGCGGCGGCAGCAGCGGCGGCGGCGGCCGGAGGGAAGGGCAAGACCGGUCGAUCUGAAGAGGUCUCUCACUCUGUGGAGGCGUUGCUGGCGCUCAAGGAGGUCUUCUUCGCGCAGAGACCGGGCGUCGACGUGCCGAGAUGA